AUGGAGACCCUACAAGGGAAGUUCAUAGCAUCUCUUUUAGCAGUGGGUAGGUUUAUAAUGUUUAAAACAAAAUUUUCAAUAUCAAUUUUUGUCAGCUGCUUGCAUCUGUAACUAUCAGUUUAAGGUCAUUCCCCUUAACAAGUUUUUUUAAAGCUUUUAUUCAUCCACUCAAACAUUUAAUAACUUAACAACAUAUCACGCAAUUAACUAUCCAUAAAAUUAGGCACAUUGUGCUGUAUCAGAGAACAACUACAGUGCAUGCACCUGCACCUCAAAACACAUGAGUAUAUAGAACUUUUUACACGGUUGUCAGCAAUUAAAAUGUUACUAGGGAUUUCAAACGUAGGGUCUGGAAGUCAAAUGAUUGUUUGCCAUUAUGAUUGUUGGAAGUACUACCAUCUACAAACAAGGAAGAAAGUAAUGGCAUAAUGUACCUUUUUUUCCUUUAUUUUUUUUCUGCAGCUGGCAGUACAUUAGGCCUCCACUAUGAAUCAAUUAUAGAAGCAGGCCAACAUUUUCCAAUCCCAGUUAUUUGUGGUGAACACAGACUGUGUGAAACAAAAACUGCUAGAGUAGCUCUCCAUCUGAUGGACAACAGAAGCACAGGAGCGUUUUAUUCCACGUCUUUGCUCCAGGUCAACCUUUCCUCCUGUGUUGGAUGGAGGCAAGGAUGACACCUGUAGCCGUGAAAUGUCACUGAAGACUUGUCCAGUGGUAACAGUAAACUGAGAAGCUCUGGAGGGGCUUCCUCAGGAUUAUAGGCAUGCUAAAUAUAAACGCAAUUAAGUUCCAUAUCCAACAGGUUUAAAUAUUCAAACCAAUUACUACUGGCAUUUCAACUAAUACCGGUCACAUAAUGUAUUGAGCCAAUCAUCUGAAAGUUGAUAAUGCAGUCAUGAAAUUUUGUAAUUUACAUAAUUAAACGUUCAUAAUACAUUAUGCUGAAAUUAUAUAUUUUACACUGCUCUACAGACGCCCUCUUCCAACAGACACACUAUAUUGUGGUCUUCAGAAAUUAAAAGAAAAACAAACUAAUAUCGUUAAGUUUUCAACAGGAUUGCCAGCCAAUUGUAAUCCCCUUUGUUGUGGGGCCCAGAAGCCCCAGUGGACUCCAGGCCCAAUUACAGGCUGAAGAAAGGCUUCAAGAGCAGCUGGCAAAUGCUCCCAGGGCCCUGGAAGCAUUAAUUCCCACCAACAUCUGCACUGUUUUAAACCGGAGCAAGGAGAUAAAAGCACUUUUUGCAGAGGAAUUCACGGACAUCGACGACAGGGUGCUGGAAAGUCAGAUCAAGUAAACUACAAGAGACACAAUUUGAUUACUUUUUGCUGUAAAAACCCAGAUAAACAAAUAAAAAUUCCAGUUGUAUCAAGUGCCUCAUUCUUGGUCUUAAACACUAUGCUAUGAAGAAUGAUCAAUACUGGUGGAUAAGAAAAUUUCUUAUUACAUUUAAUGCAAUAUUAUUAAUACACUAAGCUAACCCCCUCCAGUCGAACCCAACAACUGAAAAUAAUUCAAUGUUAUAAGCACCCCAAACCAGAACAUUGUUAAGGUCAUAAUAAUUAAUUUGUCUUUAAUCAUUAAUCGAUAUAUUAUUGAAUAUUAUAAAAAUUUAUGACAAUCUAAGUUAGAGUACUACUACCUCAUCAUUCUUUUGCAGCUUAUCGAUAUCAUCAAUGAUGAAGAAAUUGUUGACACCAAAAUACUAGAAGAGUACCUUGAAAAUACCAUUUACCCAAUGUGUAAUAUAUAGAUUUAGCCAGGGCUAAAAGCGAAGCUCUCGAUAAUAUUUAUAGUUUGUUCAAACAAAAUAUAAAAUCGUGUAAUGCUUAGCGGCGAAGGCAACGCCGGAGAACGGUGAAAAACAACAAGAGGUCUAAUUAGCAAAAAAGCAACUUUGCACGUGCAGCUCACUUUUUUUGUUCAUUUCUUUGCCGUUGUUUUGGACGACUACAACGUGAAACUUCCAACGUUUUUAUGGAGGAAAUGUCGCACGUGUUCUCGUUCACUUUUUUUUCACUGCCGCUCAUUUUCUUCUUGCAUUGGUGGCCGCUAGCAUUUCUCAUUUAGUCACGACUGCUACAAAAAUUUCAUGUUGUUCUUCCAACAAAAAAAUUUCUCCUUUGUUUUUUAUCUCACGCUCUAGAUCUUUGUCGCCCUUUUUCUCGUUGAGUUUCGCUGGCCUGCCGCUUUUUCUCUUUUUUUUUGUCUUUCUCUGGCUCUAUAUUCCAAAUUUGUGGACAUGACAAUUAAUCUAAGCUUAAUACUUUAGAAAACGCGGAUACAGAAACAAUUUCCGCUUUCGUCUUUAUUGAAUUUUUAGCUGCCUCUGCUUUACAGGACGCGGGUGGCUAUGCGAUUUCCCGCCAAAAGAACCUCGAUUUGCGUUUGGGUCGCCAUACCUGUUGAUUGAGUUAUUUUACAUUGGUAGGCCUGUGGUGCGGACGGACGGUCGGGCGUACGGUCACGUGAUUACCAAAUUUUCUCAGAUGGGUAGAUUACCACAUUUCCUUACCCAUGGUGCUCCGCUGCGCGCUUCGCGCACGAGAGCUCCGCUAUAAAAAAGUACCAAACAAAGUUGCAGGGAAAUGGUGCCAGCACCGAAGAUGGAGGGCCUUUCAUUGUCUCAUUAAUAAUGGAGGCCAUUCAUUGUAAUGACUUGGCAAGGAGCAAGGUACGUUAGACAUUGCCUAUGAAUGAUUGAUAACCUUUAAAGACGUUUCUCACUUCCAUUAAAACUGCAUGUUGCAGCAGAAUUUUAAAAUUUAGUAUCAUGGGUCAGCCUAAUUGCAAGUAUUGCUGUUUCUCACACGGAUUUCACAUUGAAUGGGUUCAAUUCCAAUACAUAGGAUGGUGCAUUUCUAUUUCAAGGUGUUUUACCUCUCUGUUUUUUGCUUCGCUUUACUAUUACAAAUGGUUGUUGUUGUUUUCUUCCUUGUGAAAAACCACAAGUUUCACACAAAUCCCACCCUCGCAGGCAUAGAAGGGCAUUAGGUAAAUAUUUAAACCCAGCACCCACCCAGUCCCUGUUCUUCAACUAGUAACAAUAAUUAUAUAUAUUUCUUUUGUUUCAGCUUUUGACCUGCAUCAACCCUUGCAGUACCUUCAAAAUGAAGACACCUGAUCAAGGGGAAAUAAAAUGCAAUGGAAUUGCUAUGGCACUGGGUCCUUUCCUGGCAAUGCUCUCCAAUCAUGGCUUGGACACUCUGGCACCCCAAGACCGCAUCAAGCAAGAGAUAAAGAAUCAUGGGCUUGGAUGGGAUUGGAUCUACCAUUUCCAGAGCCAAAGAAGCCAAAGAUAG